AUGCUGAGCCGGUGGAAGAGUAAGGAUAAAUCCGAGAAGAGCGGCAAGGCUGGUGCCGGCGGCAAGAAGAAGCGGAAAGGCCGGGACAGCGAAGAAGACUGGCACGGGGAUGGAACGCGAAUGGACGGGUUAUCUGACUCGGAAACCGGACGCUCGUCGUCGCGGAGCCGGUCGUCACGUCGCGACGACCCUCGCCGCCACACCCUGGCCACCAACAACCUGCACGUGCACUCUCACCACCCGAGCCAAAUCAGCUUGCUGACCGAUAGUCGAUCAACAAAGCAAUCUUUGAACGCUCCUGAGUACGCUACAGUCCAUAAGUUUCAAGGUGAAACUGCAGGAAUUAAAAAGCAACUGCCGAUAGGGUAUCCCGUGCCGAACAAUGCGCACCUCUUCGAAGAUGACCCCGGAGUUAUGUCAGAAGUGGAAACCUCUUCCACUGGGUUCCGACGCGGUGGCAAGCAGAGAUCGUCUUUGCCGGUGGUCCGGACGCCCAGUAAGACUUUGGAGCGGCCCUUGGGUUUAGUCUUCCUGCAAUAUCGCACUGAAACGAAGCGCGCCCUCCUACCGAACGAGAUCACAUCCCUGGACACCGUAAAGGCCCUGUUCGUGCGCAGUUUCUCUCAGCAGCUAACCAUGCAGUACUUGGACUCCCCCGCCGUCAAGAUCUACAUGCACGACGCGUCUAAAGACGUCUUUUUUGAGCUUGAAGAUGUACGGAGCCACCUGCGAGACAUUCGCGAUCGUAGUGUGCUUCGUCUCUUCGAAGCGAACGACGUGGUGGGCAACUCAUUUCCAGGAACCGCUGGUAUCAACUCUUUGUCGAUACCGUCAUCUUCAAGCAUCAGCUCAACAUCGAUUUGGGAGGAGCAGAGCUACUUCAGUGAGCCCGAAAUCGAUUCCGAAUAUAACCAUCACCAUGUCCACAAGUCGAAGGUGAGUGACAUUAUUCCGUUGCACCAUGUUAGCACAAUGCGUGCUGGCCUCAAAUAC